AUGGUAUACGUGAUCGCACUAUCUUUAAUAGCCGGCGCCUUGGGCCUCUAUUACUUCCUCUUCAAGGACCUUGACCUCUUCAAGAAGAAUGGUAUACCGCAUAUGAAACCUCUGCCGUUAGUGGGCAACAUGGGAUCAACAUUCUUGCGUCAGAAGUCGCUAGCCGAACUUGUGAAAGAGCUGUACGAUGUGCAUCCUGAGGCCAAGUAUACCGGUAUGUACGAAAUGACGAGUCCGGUGGUGUUACUGCGCGAUCCUGAGCUCAUCAAGUCCAUCGCGCUCAAGCAUUUUGACACGUUCCCGAAUCAUCGUAGCUUCAUCCAGGAUGAUCCGCUCUUUUCCAAGAAUUUGUUCUUUCUUCGCGACGAUAGAUGGCGUGAGGUGCGAAGUAUGCUGAGCCCGACCUUUACCUCAAGUAAGAUGAAGGUCAUGUUCAAGCUCAUGUCGCACUGUGCAGCCGACUUCGCCAAAUAUGUGGCGCAAUUGCCGGAGGAGCAGAAGAUAUUGGAUAUGAAAGAAUAUUUUGCACGUUACACCAAUGAUGUGAUAGCUACUUGCGCCUUCGGCGUCAGCGUCGACUCUAUGCGAGAUCCCAACAAUCUCUUCUACCUAUACGGAAAGGAGGUGACUUUAUUCAGCAUCAUUGUCUUCUUCAAGUUUUAUAUAUUCAAGACCCUGCCUCGGCUAGCGAAGCUCUUAAAAUUGAAAUUAAUUCGCAAAGAGAUGGCGAAGUUCUUUAGAGAUCUCGUGGAGAUCACUAUUAAGACUAGGGACGAGCAAGGUAUUACCCGACCGGACAUGUUGCAGCUGAUGAUGGAAAGUAGGGGUAAGAAAGAAGGUAGGCAGGACCUGACGAUCGAUGACAUGACCAGUCAGGCCUUCAUCUUUUUCUUGGCUGGCUUCGACAACACCUCGACAUUAAUGUGUUUUGCUGCGCAUGAGAUCGCGGUGAACGAUGACGUGUAUAAGAGACUGCAAAGUGAGAUCGACCAGGUGCUGGAGGAAACAAACGGUCAAGUGUCUUAUGAAACGAUCAACAACAUGGAGUACCUGGACGCUGUAGUAAAUGAAACUCUCAGGAUGUAUCCACUCGCUAUUAUGUGGGACAGAGAAUGUAUAAAGGAUUUCGAGCUGCCGCCGACGGUAACAGGUGCGAAACCAUUCAUCUUAAAGAAGGGACAAUCCGUGUGGGUACCAGUAUACGGGCUUCAUCAUGACCCCAAGUACUUCAAAGACCCGGAAAAGUUUAAUCCUGACAGGUUUGUCGGCGAGCAGAAGAAACACACCCUUAAUACUGGGGUAUAUCUGCCGUUCGGUUUGGGCCCCAGAAUGUGCAUUGGCAAUCGAUUUGCUUUGUUAGAGACGAAAAUAUUACUUUUCCAUCUACUGGCACAGUGUGACCUACUACCAUGCGAGAAGACGCCGAUUCCAUUGGAGUUAGAAAAGCUUGGUUUCAUUAUGAAGCCUAAAGGUGGUUUCUGGCUGAGAGCAAUGCCGAGAAAGAAACCAUGACACACUAACGCUGUUAAUAUUACGAAGAGCGCGUGAGGCGCGUAGAAAAACGUUCGAUGGCCUGCCGAGUCAUGAAAAUUCAUUUGUAACAAGUACUAAGAACAUUAAUAAUUUAGACGAAAUAAUAUUCAUAAUGGAUAAACAAUGAUAUAACUAUAAUGAAUAAAUAAUAAUAAUAAAUGCAAAGAUAAUUAUGCAUAUAUUUCGACGAUCAGACGGUCGGACAUACAGAAAUUAUUUUCUAUGUUUCUGCUUAUUUCUCUCAAUCUUUCCAUCUAGACAGCUGUAUCGUUUGUAGGUAAUAAAAUAAUAGUUUUUGAAUCAA